GCACAAUCGAAACUCCAGAUAAAUUUACCAAAGGAAGUUUUUGGUUAUUAGUUCAUUUCCGUUUGUUUCGCGGAUGGUUGGUCGUCGCGAUGUUAUUUGUGUAAACAGAACGUUAAACCGGGUUUCGUGCGCGACUCACCGGUGCCGAAUACAACAUUCACAGUGAGCCAGGCAUUUAUGCGAGCACUACGCUGCGGAAGUCGAACUGACCGUUAAAUCUCACCGAAGAAGAGAUGGGGGACUCCGACGAGGAGAACGAGAAGGACCUGGCGUCUGGUCUCAACAUCACUGGUUUUCUCUUCGGCAACAUCGAUGACAAUGGUCAGCUAGAGGAUGAUGUCUUGGAUCCCGAUGCUAAACAACACCUAGCUUCGCUCGGUCGCCUCGGUCUUAGCUCGUUCAUCAACGAAAUGAUGUCCAGUGACAAUAAUAUCGAGGAGAAAGAGAAUAGCAAGACGGGUGAUAAGAAGGAGGAUCAAAAUGUUACUGCCAAUGACACGGAUGUAGAUUACCUGGCAAAAUCACCUACUGCGCUAGAUUUCUCGGACAUAAAUGAAUUGGCGGACGACAUAAAUGAUGACAUUUCCAAGAGUAAUGGAAUUGAUAAAAAAUUAGACAAGGAAAAUGCAGAUUAUGAUGCUGACGACGAAGAGGUUGUCAGCAAAUCAGAUAAACAAUUAAUGCCACCACCACCGAUACCAGAGGAAAAAGAAACAUUGACUGCGGAGGAAGCAGAGGCGGCGCGUCAACGUAAAUUGGAGACUCCUCUCGCUUCCAUGCUGCCAUCCAAGUAUGCAAAUAUUAACGUUACCGAACUAUUUCCGGACUUCCGUGCCAACAAAGUGCUCAGAUUCUCACGACUGUUUGGCCCUGGUAAGGCAAGCAGUCUACCACAGAUAUGGAGGGGUGUAAGAAAGCGGCGUAAGAAGAAGAGACAUCAUGAUGUCAAAGAUUCUGAUUCUGGCUCUGAUCAGGAUGACAAGAAAAUCAAAUUUAAGGGCUGGCUCAUGCAAUAUGGUCCUGAGCCGAGUGCAGAGGCAUGUCGCUCAGAUGAUGAGCAUAAGCUGCUACGACCAGUAGAAGACAAGGAGCAGACUGGUAAGAUGGGCGAAAGUGGAGAAAACGGUGACAUGGGGCCAAAAGUAGCUGAUUGGAGAUUCGGACCUGCGCAGCUGUGGUAUGAUAUGCUGGAAGUACCAGAGACUGGAGAUGGAUUCAAUUAUGGCUUUAAGAUAGUUGAAAAAGUGGAAGAAGAAGAAAAACCAGAAAUCAAAGACGAGGAGUUUGCUGAUGAUGCGUUUUUGAUGGUGUCUCAAUCACACUGGGAAGAUGACGUUGUCUGGAACGGAGACGAUAUAAAGCAUAAAGUGAUGCAGAAGCUAAACAGUAAAAAUAACGCUGCCGGCUGGGUGCCAUCGAGUGGCAAUAGAACCGCACAAGCUUUUAGCCAACCUGGAAAAGGUGCCCCGGUUACCGUAGCACCUAACGUUAGGUUAGCUACUUCGCAAAUUACAACUCCAUUACAUAUGCAGUCUCAGAAGAAUAAGAUGAACAUGGGUAAAGGAAAUCAACAGCCACAGCGGGAAGAGGACGACACCUGGUAUUCGAUAUUUCCAGUAGAAAACGAAGAACUUGUUUACGGUUUGUGGGAGGAGGAAGUCAUCUGGGAUCCCGAAUGCAUGAGAAAGAUCCCAAAACCGAAGAUACUUACGUUGGAUCCGAACGACGAGAACAUAGUUCUAGGCAUACCUGAUGACAUUGAUCCCGCUCUUCUUCACAAGGACAAUGGUCCGCAACCCAAGGUAAAAAUUCCUCAUCCGCACGUCAAGAAGAGCAAACUGCUGCUGGGCAAAGCGGGCGUUAUCAAUGUCCUCGAGGAAGACACGCCUCCACCUCCGCCGAAGUCACCCGACCGAGAUCCAUUUAACAUAUCAAACGACACAUAUUAUAUGCCCAAAUCCUCGGAAACUACAUUGAGACUGAAAGUCGGUGGUGGUAAUUUGAUACAGCAUAGCACUCCAGUGGUAGAGCUACGCGUUCCUUUCGUACAAACGCAUAUGGGUCCAAUGCGAUUGCGAAACUUUCAUAGGCCCCCAUUGCGAAGAUUCAGCCAUGGGCCGUUGGCUCAUCCAGGACCGCAUGGCGUCCUGCCCCUGCUGAAGCACAUUAAGAAGAAAUCUAAGCAACGAGAGCAAGAGAGGAUCGCUUCUGGUGGAGGUGAUGUGUUCUUCAUGAGAACACCUGAGGAUUUGACCGGACGGGACGGCGAAUUGGUGCUCGUCGAGUUCUCGGAAGAACAUCCGCCGCUUAUGAAUCAGGUCGGCAUGUGUUCUAAGGUGAAAAACUAUUACAAGAGAAGGGCCGGCAAGGAUCAAGGACCGCAGACGUACAGAUAUGGAGAGACGGCGUAUGCUCAUACCAGUCCCUUCCUGGGAAUUCUCACACCUGGUCAGAGCAUCCAGGCUGUCGAGAAUAACAUGUAUAGAGCUCCCAUUUAUGAGCACAAAAUUCCUGAAACUGAUUUCUUAGUUAUAAGAACGAGACAACAAUAUUAUAUUAGAGAAGUGGACGCCUUGUUUGUUGCCGGACAGGAAUGCCCGCUUUACGAAGUGCCUGGACCGAACUCGAAGAGAGCGAACAAUUUUGUACGAGAUUUUCUACAGGUGUUCAUAUACAGAUUAUUCUGGAAAUCGCGCGAUACUCCUCGACGAAUUAAGAUGGAUGAUAUAAAGAAGGCCUUCCCAUCUCACAGCGAGAGUAGUAUCAGAAAAAGAUUGAAGCUCUGUGCGGACUUUAAGAGAACUGGCAUGGACUCCAAUUGGUGGGUGAUAAAACCGGACUUUCGAUUGCCAACGGAAGAAGAGAUUCGCGCUAUGGUGUCACCUGAACAGUGCUGCGCCUAUUUCAGCAUGAUCGCGGCCGAGCAGCGUCUAAAAGAUGCCGGAUAUGGUGAGAAGUUUUUGUUUACUCCACAAGACGAUGACGACGAGGACAUGCAGCUAAAGAUGGACGACGAGGUCAAGGUGGCACCGUGGAAUACGACGCGCGCUUACAUCCAAGCUAUGAAAGGAAAGUGUUUACUGCAAUUGGCAGGUCCGGCUGACCCGACUGGUUGCGGCGAAGGCUUCUCUUAUGUCAGAGUACCGAAUAAACCGACUAUUAGCAAGGAAGAGCAAGAAGCUCAACCGAAAAGAACUGUGACCGGUACAGACGCAGACUUGAGGAGAUUGUCCUUGAACAAUGCGAAAGCGUUGUUGCGAAAGUUCGGCGUACCCGAGGAGGAGAUCAAGAAAUUAUCACGUUGGGAGGUAAUUGACGUGGUGCGAACUCUAUCAACGGAGAAAGCCAAGGCCGGUGAAGAGGGCAUGACAAAGUUUUCACGCGGCAAUCGUUUCUCUAUCGCUGAGCACCAGGAACGUUACAAGGAGGAAUGCCAGCGAAUUUUCGACUUACAAAAUCGCGUAUUAUCGUCGAAUGAAGUGUUGAGCACGGACGAAGGCGAGAGUUCAGAGGAAGACAGCUCUGAUAUCGAGGAAAUGGGUAAGAACAUCGAAAAUAUGUUGUCGAAUAAAAAGACCAGCACACAGCUAUCGCUGGAGCGAGAGGAGCAACAGCGGCAUGAGCUACGAAAAAUGCUGAUGGGCGAGGCGCAAGAGCAGGAAAGCAAGAAGAGCAAGGAGAGUAAAAAGAAAGAUGAGGAGGAGGACAGUCCGGUUAAUAAUUAUAAUGCGCAGCAGGGUCGCGUGUUAAAGAUCUACCGCACAUUCCGUAAUUCGGAAGGCAAGGAGUAUACGCGAGUCGAGUUGGUGAGGAAAGCGGCCGUGAUCGACACGUACAUCAAGAUUCGUAACUCGAAAGACGAGUCGUUUAUCAAGCAGUUCGCUACAUUGGACGAGGCACAGAAGGAAGAAAUGAAGCGGGAGAAGCGUAGAAUUCAGGAACAAUUGCGACGAAUCAAGCGAAAUCAGGAGAGGGAACGUAUGUUGGGCGGGCCUCCUAACAUAGUGAAUGGCAGCAGUAUCAACAAUUCUAGUAACAACAUAUUUGAUCGCAGCAACACUAAUACCCCGACUACCACUUCCUCAACUAGUAUCCUUCCAUUCUGUAAUUUCCAAUCCUCUACUUCUUCUAUUUCCGCGCCUAAACAUCCUAAACCGGAGGUAUCGCCUCCCAAGCGUAAAAAACCUAAACUCAAGCCAGAUCUAAAACUUAAAUGCGGCGCUUGCGGCAACGUUGGCCACAUGCGUACCAACAAGGCAUGUCCACUUUAUCAGAACAGCAUCGCCACCGCACCGGUAAACGUCGCGAUGACCGAAGAACAGGAGGAAGAAAUUGAGAAGCAACUGAAUACUGACGAUCAGGAUCUAGUUAAUGUCGACGGCACUAAAGUGAAGCUAUCGUCGAAACUGAUCAAGCAUGCCGAGGAGAUGAAGAGGCGUACACUGUUGCUCAAAGUGCCGAAGGAAGCAGUGAAUUCAAAGAAACGCAGGAAACCACCCACGGACGAUCACUGUGAUUAUUUGAAACGCCAUCAAAGGCCGGUUAAUAGGCGUAGAACUGACCCAGUUGUCGUAAUGUCGACGAUAUUAGAGAGCAUUCUAAAUGAAUUGAGGGAUCUACCAGAUGUGUCACCAUUCAUGUUCCCGGUUAAUCCUAAAAUUGUCCCCGAUUAUCACAAGAUCAUACAGCGACCCAUGGAUCUGCAGACCAUACGUGAAAAUUUGAGGUUGAAAAAAUAUCAAAGCAGAGAGGAGUUCCUGGCUGAUGUUAAUCAGAUCAUGGAGAACUCGUCGCUCUAUAAUGGACCGAAGAGUUCGUUGACUAUGGUCGCUAAAAAAAUGUUGGAUACGUGUGUCGAGAGGCUCGGCGAAAAAGAGGAUCGUUUGAUGAGGCUGGAGAAAGCUAUCAAUCCUCUUUUGGACGAUAACGAUCAAGUUGCCCUUACCUUCAUCUUGGACAACGUUAUCAAUAACAAGCUGAAAUCUCUGACAGAAAUGUGGCCAUUCAUGAAACCUGUAAACAAAAAGAUGGUGAAAGAUUAUUACAAUAUUGUCAAGAGACCGAUGGAUCUAGAAACGAUAUCUAAAAAAGUUUCUGCGCACAAAUACCAUAGUCGUCACGAAUUUCUUAGAGACAUCCAACAAAUCUUGGAGAAUUGUGUGAUUUAUAAUGGCAAAGAAUCUCAGCUCACAAAUAAAGCAGAGAUGCUGGUUAAAGUGUGUAAAGAAACAUUAGACGAGUACGAUGAACAUCUGACGCAAUUGGAAAACAAUAUAUUGCUCGUACAAAAGCGGGCGAUGGAGCAGGCAGACAUAGAUUCCUCGUGGCUCUGCCCAGAUGAGGAAAAUUAUACUAUCGCAGAAACUGAAUACAGAGGCAGCCAGACCAGUUCUCCGGAGAAUCCAUUUGGCAAAUCAAAUAUGGAUGAUUCCGAUUUUGUCGAUAUAGAAGGGGACAUGGAAGCAGACAUAGAUAGAAGCUCGAAAAAGAAGGACGUCCUCGAAGAAGAUCUUCAAUUCUCUAGCGAAGAUGAAUUCGAUGAAGUACCGUUCGGCACAGAUGAACAUUCAGAGCAUAACGAAACGGAGGCGCUAGAGUUGAGCGAAGUUAGGGAGGAAGGUGUUGUAUUAGCGGAUGAUGACAGUCAACAAGCUGCCGAGGCAAUGGUUCAGUUAGGCAACGUUGGUUUUUAUAUGGGCGAACAGCAGCUGCUUCAACAAGAUGAGAGCAUGGACGUCGAUCCAAAUUACGAUCCCUCAGAUUUUCUGUUGGCCGGUUUACCGGCCAGAGAUGAUAAAGGCGAGAAUAAGAUCCAGGAUGAUCUGGCCGUUUCCGAAAGCGACGACGACGCCGAAAACAUUAAGCAGGAAGCACAACAAAAUCAACAGCAACAACUAUUGCAACCGGACGAGGAUGUCGGCGGUGAUUUGUGGUUUUAGAUGCGAAAGUUUAUCAUGUAUUUAAUAUAUUUAACUAUAAGUUAGAAAUGUAGUUAGACUCGCGAAUUCUUAAGCCCAUUGUGUAAAAUUGAAGAAUUUGGGACUUAUCUUUCAUAAUCAUGUGCAUAUAUGUAUAGAAGAACUUGUAUAUAUAUAGAAUAAAAUAUUGUUUUUUUUUCUA